AUGUCAUAUAGCAAAUACAAAAAGCCUGAUAAAGAACAAUCUCCUAGGAUAUUUGAUAAUCAUAAAAUAUUUUCACCAAGCCAAUCUUCUCAAUCUUUUAAUAGCAAGCCUUUAAAGCUAAGAAAAUCUAACUCGAUGACUGAUAUACCAACAAAAAUUGAAGAAGUCCUAAGAAUCAAAGAUGAAAGGUCUAAAGCAAGGAUAAACACUUUAAAAAUAUUAAAAGUAGCAGAAGAAAGAAGGGUAAAUACAGGAACCCCAAAAAUUAACCCAAAAUCAAAAGAGAUCUUAAUAGAAGCAAAGAGAAGGCAGAAAGAGAAAGAAAUGGCUGAAAAGCUUGCUAACGGAAUUAUUGACAAGGAUGACAGCUUUAAAGAGCAUAAAAGUCUUGGAACUGAGCUAAAAAUUCCUUAUGAAUCUUUAAAAGAAAGCUUAAAAUCAAGAAGCAAGUUGCUGAUGCCAGAAAAAGAAGAGGAAAGGGUUGACGUCAGUAAAAUGUCGUUAAUAGAAAGAAAUUGCUAUUGGAAUCAAAAGAAAGAUGAAAGAAUUGAAACUGAAAGGAAAAGCAAAGAAAUAGAGCAAAUGAGUGAAUGCACAUUUAAACCUAUUUUAUCUCCAAAAAUAUCUGCACACAAUUCACAUAAUUCAAUAUCUUCCAUGGAAGAUCUAGCACAAAAAGCAAUAACUCUAUCUCUAAGUGUUUAUAGUUGUCAGAAAAAAUCAUCGCCAUCUGAAAAUGAAAUAAAAGAACCCAAAAUAGCAAUAAAGCCUUAUUCGAUGGAUAAAAAGCAAAGCACAAAUGUUAGAGUUCCACCUCCGAACCCUCCUCAAAUUAAGAUGAAAAAAAUUGAUAAUGAAGAAAAACACAUUAGUGAGCCGAUUUUAACUCCAAGCUAUUCGCAAUUAACUCCAGUCUCUACCAAGUAUAGACACAAGCAAGGGUUUAAUUAUGAAAAACUCAAGUCGAAUGCAAAACCACUGGUGAGAUACAGUUCAUUUGGGAGUUAA